AUGUCCGGCCCCCGGCAACACGACUACGAGCUCCUCCCGCGCACUUCGCUCGAGGCCCAGGACCUGCCCGCGCUGCCGCGCUCCCUCUCGACGCCCUCGUGGCUCCGCGCGCUGAGCUCACGCCUGCCGGGCGUCAAGACGCUGUGUGAGCGCGCGACCUACACCCGCCUCGUCGCUCCGCGCAGAAGAAGGCGGUCCCUCGUGCGUGCCAUCUGCUACGCCCUCUUCGCCGUGCUCUACCUCUGCGCCUUCCUGGUCCUCAUCGCCGGCAUCUUCUUCCCCAGCUACACAACCCGCCCUGCCCACUACCUCGAGCUGCAGCAGCGCGCAGCCAACGGCACCGAGCCAGGCCGCGCGAACCCCUUCGCCGAAAAGGUCUUCAUCGCCGCCUCCCUGUACGAGGACAAGGGCCAGCUGACCUCGGGCGCCUGGGCACGCUCGGUGCUGCAGCUGAUCGACCUGCUGGGCCCGGACAACGUGCAUCUGAGCGUCUACGAGGACAACCCCACCGAAGCAGCCAAGCACUCGCUGGCCAGCUUCCGCCAGAACCUCACCUGCAAAUCCACCAUCGUCGCCGAGCCCUUCGACGCCAAAACCCUGCCCCGUGUCACCCUGCCCACCGGCAAAUCGCGUCUGAAGCGCAUAGCCUUCCUCGCCGAGGUCCGCAACCGCGCCCUCGCCCCCAUCGACCAGCAAAGCGUCAGGUUCGACAAGAUCCUGUACCUGAACGACGUCAACUUCCACCCCAUCGAGGCUGCUCAGCUGCUCUUCGCCACCAACGUCGACUCGGCAGGCCGCACCGACUACGGAGCCGCUUGCGCCUUCGACUACAUCAACGCCUUCAAGUUCUACGAUCGUUUUGCUACGCGCGACUACGACGGACGCGUCACCGGAGUACCCUUCUUCCCCUACUUCACCAGUGCCGGUACCGCGACAAGCAGGAACGACAUGCUCUCGCAGACCGACGCCGUCCGAGUACGAAGCUGCUGGGGAGGCAUGGUUGCAUACGAAGCUCACUGGUUCCAGGACCAGACACGCUUCGAGGACAAACCGGCCAACGCAACGUCGAGCGCUCAACACACAUCGCCUGAUCCUGCUCGAGCCCCCUUGCGUUUCCGCUACGAAGAGGACGUUUUCUGGGACGCGUCCGAGUGUUGUCUCAUCAACGCUGAUCUGCAGUAUCGACGCACUGGCAGGGGCAUGCCCGCAGACUCCGGUAUCUACGUGAACCCCUACAUCCGAGUUGCCUACGACGAAAAGACGCUGUCCUGGCUCAACUGGACCCGCCGCCCAGAGCGUCUGUACUCCAUCUUCCACGACAUUCUCAACCACAUGGUCGGCUUUCCCAGCGUCAACGCGCGCAUGGGCGACGAACCUGGACAGACCGUGACCGACACCGUCUGGGAGUACGAAGACCCUUCACGAGGCUUUGCUCACAAUGCUACGCGAACUGACCUUGCGGGUCACUGGGCUAAGAUUACCAGAACAGCGAAACCCGGCAGCUACUGCGGCUCGCCGAACUUGCUCGUCAUGAAUGAAGGGCCAGAGGACGGCGAGGGCAGGUGGCGCAAGAUGCCUGUACCGCGCCCUCCUAAGGCAUGA